CAUUGAAAAAAAAGAACGCGUUACCCUUACUCGUUACCUCCAGACUUUGGUCCUCAAAAAAAUCGGUUGGUCCUUUUAUCCAGUCUAAAACCGGCUGGACCGUAAACCUUCACUAGAUAUGAGGCACAUGAGGCCGCUAGAAAAACGAGGCCGAGGCUUAGCCAGUCCGCCCCUAAGAACACUGACAUUGAUAUCAUAAGUAAUUAAAACAAGGAACGCGCUAAAUAAUAAUUUUAUAGUAAAAAUACCAAUGUCCUUGAAAUUAAUCUUCCUUAAAUAUAUUUAUUUUUAUAUUUCUACCAAAAUAUAAUAUAAAUUUAAAAAUGUGUUAAUAGUUAAUUUUAUCAUUUUCUUAACCUUAUUUCCAAAUAAAUGAUGUAUUAAAAAAAAUGUUUCACAAAGGAAUGCAUAUGCGUUAAAUAAAAUUAAAAUAAACAAAAAUACAUCUAAAAUUUAGCGUAAUACAAACAAAUAUACUAAGGGUGCAUUCACAGUAGAGAGCGACAGCGACAGACAAAAUACAAAUAUAUGUAAUUUAAUUACCAAUGACUAUUCAUAGUGAGAUUUUGAGACGCGACAUUCCCGCCAAAUUUGUCGCAUUAAACAUAGAAAUCAAGUUACAAAACAUUUUGCUUUUUUCAAAGAGACAUAAAUACAAUAUGGCCGAAAAGAAAAUAUUCAAAAGAUUUGAUCAACCCCAUCAGAUAACAUCAGCUGAAAACAAUAUUGAGACAGUAGAGAUGGCCAAAUCAGCAUGGAUAAAUCUAAGAGAUUGCUUUAUGAGGGAACAUAAAAACUAUAGCACAAAUAUUGCUAGAACAAUGUUUGAGCAAAUGAAUGGUAAUGAAAAUUAUCAAUAUGAAGAUGGCAUUGAAAUCCCCUGCCUAGAGACAAGUAGUGAAGCUACAAUUUUAAGGAAUGCAUCACCAUCAACUAGUAUAGGAUAAAAUUUAUUUUGCAAAAAAUUAAUUAAAAAGAGGGAUAUAGAUCAAGGGCAUUUGUAAAUAUUUUUAUUAUUUUAAACUAGAUCUAUUUGAGCAAAUACUUGAAAUAGAAAAAAUGAAAGAAAGAAAAUUAUCUACAAAUUCUUGGAUUAAAACCCUGGCAAAAGAUCAGAAAGGGGAAAGAAAAAGCUUAUUAAAAUUAUUUUUGAUAUACUCUUCAAUUUUGACAGUGAUCAAGAAUAAUAAAAAAUAUUAUAUUGCAUUGACUUUUAUAUUAUUUUAAUCAUAUUUAAGACACAUAUAAUAAAUAAACUUUCUUUUUAUUAAAUAAUUACAAAUCAAUAUAAAAAAAAUAGAGUAAUAUUUUUAAAAUUGAUAUUUUAUUACAAUGGAAACAAAAGUUAGAGGGGAAUGUACUAGAACAUAGAAAUUUGAUUUAAUGACCUUGCAAAUUUUUGACGGUUCCAAUUUAUAAUUUUACCAUUUAAAAUAUUUUUUAUGAAUAAUUUUUAAUGCAGGUUUUUAUUUUCAAUAUAUGAGCAUUCCGAUAUGCAGGCCCAGAAUUUCAUAAAGCUAAGAUUAGAAUCAUGACAUUAGUAAAUUUUUUAAUAAUUAUUCACCAA